UGCAGAUGACAGAAGUGAUCGCUGAUGUGGAUGCAGGAUAUUUAUUAACACCACUAUGUUGACUACAUGCAUUAAGAAAUGCAAAGACGAUGUUAUCGUUGUUCUAGUUAUGUGUUGCUAUAUGUUCUAAGUAUAUUUUUCCAUAUACAGUGUGAGUCAGUGGAUGAACAUGACGAUUUAAUACAGAGUUAUUUUACUAGUCAUCUCUUAAAAUACCACGGCCAUCGUCAUACACGAGACUGUCAGCAUAUUUUAUUUGGCAAUGUUACGAAGUCUAAACAUAAGGCACAUGGGUAUGGAAGUUCUGAUAUCAUUCAUCCUAUAGCUGAAACUCACCAUGCAAUUAAAUCUGUUGGGCAGUCUAUUAAACGUGACACACAGAUUCAUUUUACUGUGGUUAACAACCCAAUUAGAACUAUAUCUGUAUUAGAACCAGGGUACAAAGGAGGAUGUGAGGACCAGACCAGGUCUACAGUACCAAAAUCAGCCGAACGAAAGAGCUGUUUACUGGCAAUCAAUGCUGGAUUCUUUAAUACACAUACUGGAUCAUGUCUAGGAAAUGUAAUUAGUGAUGGAAAGCUAGUAUUGGAUUCAAAUGGAGUACAAAAUGCACAUUUUGGUAUAACAAAGGAUGGACAUUUAUUUUUUGGUUAUUUAUCUGAAAUAGAUUUGAUUGCUGAACAAUUUCAGCAAUUAGUUGGAGGUGUGAUUUGGCUUGUGAGGGAUGGGAAAAAGUAUAUCACUGAAAGUAUAAAGAUUGAAUGUCAAGAUACUCAAGAAACAGGUACACUAGAAAGAUUUGCUGGCGUUAUGUCAGCCAGAACUGUUGUUGGAAGUGAUAAAGAUGGACGUGUAUUAAUAAUGCAGGUGGAUGGUAAAACAGAUCAUAAUGGGAUGAGUUUGUAUGAAAUGGCUGAUGUAUUGCUGGAGUAUGGAUUUGUUAAUGCAAUAAAUCUGGAUGGUGGUGGUUCUGCUACUUAUGUUGUAAAUGGUACUUUAGUGAACUACCCAACUGAUAAAUGCACAGAUGAUGAGAAAUUCAACUGUGCAAGAAAGGUAUCUACCAUUUUGUGUGUUCAUGAAGUUGAGUGCUCUCCCUUAGAUUGUUCUGGCCAUGGAACCUGUAAAGACGGAAAGUGUCUGUGUAAUACCAACUGGGCAGGAUCAGCAUGUGAUCAUCUCAGCUGUCAAAACCAUUGUUCACAUCAUGGCACAUGUACAAACGAUGGGUGUACUUGUGAGGCUGGAUGGAUGGGAGAUAACUGCAAUAUUUCCUGUUCACAAGGGUAUUAUGGGAAGAAUUGUGUUCAGCAGUGUUCCUGUUCACAUGGUUCUACUGGUACCUGUGAUGCUGUUAAUGGAAAGUGUGAUUGUCAGCCAGGUUUCACUGGUCAAUUAUGUGAGAAUGAAUGUCCAGUAGGUUUCUAUGGUAACCACUGUUCCAGUGUAUGUUUAUGUUCAGAUGGAUGUCCAUGUCACUCAGUAACAGGAAGUUGUAAUUUUACCGAUCUAGACCAGCAUUAUAUGCAAGCUGGAAUAUGUUAUGCAAAACAACAGAUCCAAAGACAGCAUUUAGUUUCUGACCAAUCAGAAGAGUUUAGGAAAAUAACAAUAAGUCUGAUUUGUAUCAGCACAUUCGCAGCAGUCAGUGUUAUAGUCAAUAUAGUAUUAUUGUGUAAAUUAUUCACAUCAAAGAAAAAAGUCAAACAUGGAAAGAAAAUGAGAGAAAGAACUAAGUAUAGUGUUGAACCUAAGUCUGAAAAUGAAAUGUCUUCAUUUAGUGAUUAUCCAAUGGUAACUACAUCAUUUUCCAAGGAAGCUAAACAGACGGAGAUUGGAGUUGGAGUUGGAGUUGGAGUAAAUCCUAAUUCAGAUUAGCAGAAAAAUAUGCAGCAGCUAUUUAAAAUGACAAUGUUUAAUUUGUAUACAAGUAAUUCCAAAAUAUGAAUUCCAGUUUAAUGUAGUAAAUUUUUUUUUUUUUAAUUUUAUUUACAAAUGACACAUUUAUUAAAACUGUAAUUAAAAACAUGGAGUCCAGAAAUGCAUUAGUAGUUUUGCACAUGUAUACCAUUCAUUUAAACUGUUAAUUCAACCAAUUACUAGAACUGGUCUGUAUGUAGUUAUACCAAAAGAUUUAAAAGUAUUAACAGUGUCCUAUAAAUGCCAAAGAUUAUUCAAAUAAUAGUGUUAUGACAUUUAUACUAAACAUCAUAUAAAUCAAAAAGAGAAUACCUUCAAGCAUCAUUCAUGUCAAAAUAACUUCACAUUUUUGUAGAGGUGCUAUUAGCUUAAUUGUGUUCUACAUAUGGUGCCUUACAUAGUAUAAAUGCCAUUCUGCCAAAGAAUCUUUCAGUAAAAAUUAGAAAUAGUGAAGUCAGAUAUGUAGUUGGUAUCUGGAGAUGUACAUUGUAUAGAAUGCACCGUAGAAACACACAUAAGGGGACAUAACUAAAAUUAUAGAUAGGAUUAAAUUUCCAUCAAAUUGUAUAAAUGUAUCAGUAAUUUCAUUUUAUGCCAUUUCUAAAAUCCUGUCCUGAUGAUGAACUUUCUUUAAAAAAAAAUUUGGUUUUCAAUGAAAUUACUGUUUUAUUGAAAUGAAAUUCAUAGGUCUCUGAAAUUGUUUUUUUUUUAAAGUUCAUAUAAAUUGUUUUUACUUACAAAGUAGUGGGAUAAUAUCAAAAAGGUAAAAGUAAGCAAAAUCUGAUUUUUUAAAUGUGUUACAUAUGUAGCACUUACUUGAAUGAUUUGUACAGAAAAUAGGGGAAAAAAUCAUAUCAAUAAAAAAGAAAUUGCUGUAGCAAUAAAAUAGUUUUUAGAAUAUUCAUAGGUGACCUAUUGUUGUUAACUUCUACUUCAUUUUGGUCUCUGGUGGAGAGUUGUCUCAUUGGCACUCAUACCACAUCGUCUUAUUUUUAUAGGAAAGGUUUUUGAAAAAUCUUGAUUUUAAGUAAAACUUGUUAAUUUUUCAGCUACUUUUACAUGCAAUUUAUAAAUUUGUACACAUAUACUGACUCGGAGAACAACCAGUCUUUGCUCUUACUCCUAAAUGCCACAAGCCAAUGACAAAACAUGUUUUAUAAAAAUUUGCGUUCAUUUUUUUUAUAUUGUCUGAUUCUUACAAACACUGGUAUUUGAUUGAUUCUUACAAACACUGGUAUUUAUUAUAUGUGUACACUGUUUGGUUUUGGUGUUGACACCAUUUAAUUUUAGCUAAAUAGAUAAUUGAAUGUGGGGUGUGGAGUAGCGUGUACUGAUUGAAACACUAUUGUUAGUAUUUACAUUUGAUGUUACAAUUGUAUAGUUUAUCAAUUUGAUAUUUUGAUGUGAAUCAGGGUUAUAUACAUGUACUAUAUUUGAUAUAUGCACUCAGGUAUUUUGGGAUAGAUGUUGUAUUAUGUGUCAGAUAGUAUAAUGUAUUUAAACUUUUACUGUAGGAUUUUAGCCACAUGGAAAGAUUUUUUUACAAUAUUAAGUGAUAUAUUUUUUGUGCCUGAUGAUAUAACAAGUGCAAAAAGCCAAAUGAGACAGUCCAUAUUAAAAAGACAUGACAUACUAUGGACUCGUUAGAAUUGGCUGGGACUCACCAUUUCAAAAAGUGAUUAAUCCCAGGACUCACCAUAAAAAUAUCCUAGUGAGAACCCUGCUUAUAUUGUCAUAUCAAAGUAGAAAAUUAUAAAUUAUUUUUUUUGGGGUUUGCUGAUUUUUUUCCACUUUUUUUCUACUUCACUUGUCCUCAAGGUCAUAUAAACUGAUGUUCAGAUAUUUCCCAUUACUGCAGACUUAUUUUAAAUUAUUUACUGAAACCCCUAUGACUGUUUAAAAUAUUUUACCUAAAAUAUUCUUAAAUGAUAAGCUUUAAAAUUAUAGAAUUGAAUCCAUGUGGCUGUAAAAUUAAAAUUGUAUAGUGAAUGAGUGUAAUUUACCUUAGAUGGUCAUCUUUUACCUUCCAAAAAUGUCAAUUUACAAAAUAGUAUGGGAUAAAGUUGUUGAUUUUCUGAACUUUUAAUAACUAACUUGCUUUAACAUGGUUUAUAAAAUCAGUCCUAGAAAAUGUAAACGUGGUUAACAAUAAAUAUAGAGCUAUCAGGGUGACAUGAAUCCCCUGGCCUGUUUCCCAAUUUUAUAAAUCUUGAGUACUGUUAAUUCCCUGAAAAGCAGGUCCCCAGAAACAACACAGGAAUCAAAAUGUAAUUUCAGUUGUAUAGUAUAAAGUGAAAAACCUCUAGUUAUUUGUUAUUUUAUUAGUGAAACAGCUUAUUUCAGGUGUCUUUAUUUUAGAUUUAUGUAAGUUCUGUUUUUUUCUGAGCAAUUUGAUUUCAACGCCUGGACAUUUUAAGAUUGCUCUUGACCACUCAUAACAUAAAAUUUCCCCAAUGAGUAAUUUCAAACUAUACCAAUUCAAUUAUACCAUCUGAUAUUUACUUUAAUAAUUUUUCUUUCAAAUAUUACAUUUACCAUUCAAGUGCAAACUAUUUUUUGGCAAAUGGUCAGAACUAUUUUCAUUACUGGUAUAAAAAGGUAAUUGGUUAUGAGACAAACACAAGUAAAUGUACUCUACAUGAUAGUCGGAUAAUCUAUAACCAUUCUAUAACUUAAUAAUUUGACAUUGAUUUAAUCUAUAGAAAAAGCGAAGUCUUUAUUUUAUCUGCAGUUGAAGUGAAAAUCUGUCCAUUUCCCUAUAAAGUCUAAUGAAGAUGCAAGAAGUAGACUGUAUAUGUAGAGAAUGAUCAUAGUCCUAGAGUAUUAAGUUAUUCCUGUAACUCUAGCAUUGCAUUUAGCUUUAAAUCAUAUAGUACUUAUCUAGAAUCACAAUCAAUAAUCUAUAAUGGUCUUAUUAUGGCCCCAUCUCCUAGCGGUUGGGGCCAUAUAGUUUUACUUUUGUAUGUUAUUCCAUCAUUCCGCAACGAAUCAUUAUCUGGACUUUUUUUCUAAAUACCUUUACAUAUUGACUGAAUUUAUGUAUGUGAGUGCACUAUGAUGAGUAACAGAUCCAGUUCACCUUUGGUUCCGCUCUGUUGUUUUUUGAUGAAAUUACAGGCUUUGGACUUUGAAAAUUUUGUGACUUUUUUUCUAAAUACAUUCACAUAUUGAGCUGAUUUUUAGUAUGUGAAUCUACUAUGAUGAGUUACAGAUCAAGUUUACGUUUGGUUCCGCAACUGAUUUUUGAGAAAUUACAGGCUUUGGAUUUUGAUAUCAACCUUCUAUUAACAAAUUGCCACUCCUAAAAAUGGCUUCACGCUUUUUUUACGAGCGAUGCAAUUCAUGUCGUUCUGACACAUCUAUUUUUCAAUACAGUCUAUUUUUAAGUUCAUAUUUUAUUUGCUUUUAACAUCUGAUAAAUAUGCAAUUAAAUAUCAGGGAAAUACUAAAAAUAUGGCGUUUAAGCUUUAUGUGAUAUAUAAUAUAUAAGCAAAGAAGAGUCCUUGUGUUUCAUUUUUAUUGAAUUAUUUAACAUAGAAAUCUAUUGAAAACUCUUAUAUUAUUUUCACCCUAAACCUUUUUUUUUUUUUAAGAUAUAGGAUAAUCUAGGAUUUAGUAACUCAACAUUUUGUUUAAGUUUAUUAUGAAGUGCAAGAACAUUAUUUUUUUUUCAAUGUAUCAGAUACUGUAAAUUCAGAAAUUAUUGCGAGGUUUUUAUUAAUGCGACUAGGUGGGUAUCGCAAAAUUAAGAACUCGCAUUCUGAUAUCUUAUAUGUAUAUAUGUAUGCAGAUUUCCUUGAAAUCUCAAUAAUUAAUCUCGAAUAAUUUCGUAUCGGUAUAAUAUCACGUUGAAAAGGUAGUAGAUAACAGCAUUGAUGUCCAUUCUUGAAAAAUCGCAAUAAUAAAUGCAUGCAAUAAUUUCUGAAUUUACAGUAUUAGAUUCCGUGUGUGACGAUAGAUUUUGAACCGAUCAGUCAUGAACGAAAAGCUUGUACAUUUUUUUUAUCUCUGUUUGUUGAUUAGACUGAAUAAUAUAUUAUUAUAGCCACAAUACUCUAAAUAGAAAAUUUAUUCAACAACUUUAUUUUUACCAGUUGUCUUACCACACUAUGUAAAUAAUCUACAUUUGUAAUUGUUAAGAAUAUUAUAUUUUAUAUUAAGUUCUAGUCAAUAUUCAUAUUUAGUCCCUUAGAGGUCAAUACUGAUGGCAUUACAAGCCUCAAUAACUUGGUAUAAAAUAAUCUAAUAGUUUUACCAUGAGUUUCUAUAUUCGAAAAGGUUGAUCCUUUGAGGAUGAAAAUAAAUGUUUCUAAAUAAUUUAGAUAUCUUGGUUGAUUAAUCAUUUGAAAUUACAAAAAUAAAUCUUGAUGAUAAGACUGUAAGUCUCAACUUUGUGCACUUUUAAAGUGAAAUUUUUUAUGAAUUACUUAAGAAUUGGUAGCUUCAUAUAAAGUUUUUAUAUUCUAUUUAGAUAUAAUGACACAUGAUAUUAUUGUCGAAUGCUCAUGUUUCAUUCACCAAUAAAACUGACAGUCAUAAAAUUAAUGAAAUAUAUAUAUAGAUAUUGGUAAUAAACAUCAUUGAACAAAUAUUCUGUAUCAAAAACUGUACCCUAUACAUAUAACAGAAAAUAAAGAGCAUACAAAGAAACUGGCUUGCUUUUAUUGUUUAAAUUUAAGCAAACUUCAGUCAUAAUAUAACAAAUAUGGUUGUAUGGUUACAGAAUAAAAUAAUUAAGGACUGUUUUAUAUGCACUGUAAUAUUCAUCAAACGAUUUUAGUUCAGGUUUAUAUAGCUUUGUAUAAUUAUAUGAAUAAAAUAUGAUAAAACAGA